UAACCUUUAUAACCCUCCUUUACAAUUGUUUCUAGUUCGAAAUGUAGAACCAGAGCCAGACCACACCCGAUUGUUUUAAUCUUAAAUAGAUAUCGCAUGUAUUUUCAACACUUCCAGGAAUCCGAAGCAUCGCUAUUUAAAAGGGAUAGGCUCGGAGGGAUGUAGUGGCACAUUGGAUGUAGGAAAAGCGGGCGUAUCUUUCCCGGCUGCAGAAGGUAGAGGUUAAACAAAAACUGUGGGAACGGGUCAGAGGAAAGAGGGGGGCGGGAGGAAUGGGGAAAGGGCACAGUAGAAAGGCAGGCAGGGUGUUUUCUUAACUUAAAGGAAGAGUUAAAUCAGAAGUCAAUAACUUAUUGUGAGUUAUUAAAACGAUUGCCCACACCGCCGAGAACUGGGAAACCGAAAGUUAUCUAAUUAUAUAAGACAUAAACAAGAGAAGGAGACCUCGAUGUCGGGAGUAGGACACGGUCUGGAAUAGGCAGCACGUUCAUGGCAAGAAAUCUGAGCGCACUCGUUCUACAGUCAGAGGUGAAGGAUGGAGGGAGAUACAGAGACAGCAGAGGAGAAGGAGGGUGAUGACACAGAGCUGUCUGGUGAGGAAGGGGUAGGGCAACUUCACCAGAGCGGAGGGUCCUCGGAUGAAGACCAGGACCUACCCAUCAUGCAGUGGGAGGACCUGAGCCUGCGUAUCGCCGAGCUAGAGAAACAGGAGGAGGAGAGGAGGGAGAGGGCAAAGAGUAUGAGUGGGUCGGAACAGAGGAGUGUGUCAGGGGGCUGGGCGGAGGAGAGGCAGGGUGGGCUUCGGAGGAGAGAGGAAUGGGAGGAGGAGGACUAUGGAAGGUGUCGAGUUACUGUUUUCUCAUCUAGAUUCCACAAUCACAGAAAUCUACAGUUAUGCUACACCAACAACAGUGAGAGCGAGGAUGAUGAUACGGAGGAAGGGGCUGGCAAAGAGGGUUCUAAAGAGGCAGGUAGCCAUGGUUACCAUCCCUCUGGCCUGAAGCUGGAGGUGAGGGCCGCUCUGAGUGCGCUUAAAAACAAGCUGCUCGCUGAACAGAAAGAGAAGGAGCACCUCGCCUGUGUGAUCACUAAGAGGAAGCAUCUGGAAUGCUGUGACCUGCAGAUCUGCUCAAUACAACAGCUCAGUUCCCUCAGGACCUCACUCAACCAUGACGUACACGACCUGAGCUCUGAGUUGGUGAGUCACCUGUUGAUAAGGGACCAGCUGAGGACCAAACAGGAUGCCAUGCUCCUGGAUGUACAGGAUCUGACAUAAUGUUGACCCACAGGUGCACAGGAUGUGACAUCACCACUGCCAUGGACAGGGUACCAGGACAGGAAGUCAUUGUGACCAAUAGUGGAUAAAGUGAUUUUGGCCCAGAUAUGCCACAAUGAGACUGUCAGAAGUAUUGCCAUAAUAGCCUACUCAACAUGAUUUUUCGUAAAGGAGAAAUGUUGAUUAUGAGCAAACUGAUGAGCAACAUCUUGGACCGGUGUCAUAACUUUCUCUUCAUCAUCCCCACCUGAUCUUGACCAGCGUAAUAUUCAUCAUCAUUAGUGGAGAGAGUACUGUAUUAGGACCUGUUUUGACUUACGCAUGCACUUAACCAAAAAUAUUUAAUAUCAGAAAGGGUUUUAAGCCAUUUGUGAUGUUGUUUGAAACAUCUCUAGUAAUAUCUGACUCAUAGUCUUUUGCCUGUGGUAAGAAAGUCCUAUUUAUCUUGGGGGUGUCAGAUGGAGAACCUUCACAGCCAUAUUGUAACCCAACAUUCAAUGAGUUAUAUCAUUUACAUAUAUGAGGGAUACCGCUUUGCAUAAGUUUUAUUGUGUAAGCAUUGCAAUAUCCUUGAUUUACUAAUUUAAGGGAAUUGUCCACUUAUAGCUUGUAUAAAACAAGCUAAGGAGUUACAUAUUCAGGCUAAAGCGAACUGUCCUGUAACAAUUUGGUAGAGAAGUUUCUUUGUUGCUAAUUAUCCUCUAUUAUGUAUAAUAUAAGCCUCGUGUAGUUGUUGAUGUAAGUGAAUUGUCCGCAUAGUGCCCAUAAGCCUGUGGGUAUUGCCAUUAUGUAUUUUAUGAUAUACCUGGUUUGCAGCCAUAACUAUAACUACCACCAGCAUAGGAAACUACAAAGCUGCAAUUGGUCGAUUGACUCCAUGCCAGCAUAGCCCGAAAAUAUUUUGUGUUUCUCAGAUUGUUCUGGCAAUUCUCACAUAGAAACUUCAUUGGGAUGAAGGAUGUUUGAUGUGCUUUUUACAUUUGUAACACAAAUCAGAUUUUUUAAAUGUAUCAUGAUGGAAGUGGCAAUUUUAGGCCCUUUUUAAUCCUAUGCAUGACAACACCUUGGUGUCAUUAUACCCCUACAGGCUCUAAAAUACGGACUGUCAUUACAUUCUGAAAUACAAUUUUACACAUUAAUUUAUUCAAGAUUAAAACUAUUAAUAUUAUCUCAAAAGUACCCUUUUUGAUUUUGUUCAGUUUUAGACAUUGUUCAAAACAAUCUAUUUUACUAGUACAUCACAUUUCCAGAGUGGGCUCUGUUACUUUUAAAGUUAUGAUUCAAAGGGAACUCCUUCUGCUGGUGAUUUGCUGAAUGUGCAAUCCUACAGUAGGGCUGUGAUUGGUUAAUUACCUAUAAUGUAUUCUUUGUAUUCUGAACAAUAAUAUAAAUGUGUCUAAAAAUAAGCAAAACCAAAAAGGGUACUUUUGAGACAUUAAUAAUGAAUAUAAUAUCUUACCUGGUUUUCUGGUGCUAUGAAAGAUUGUCAUUUGUCUGCCAUUUUAAAAUAUACCAGCCUGUUUCUUCCCUCUUGUAUUUGUCCUGCUAUCACAGUUCAUUGUUUCAUCAUACUACAAAUACACACGAUUAUUGGAAGUACCACAUAUAAUAAUUGCUAGUUAAGACACAAGAGGUAAUAAGGCCAGGAUAUUUUCCUGACCAUGUGACCUCACCAGGGACAAACACCCGGUUCAGGUUACUGGCCCAGAGUCUUUCCUCUUCAAGUCACAUGAUCAGGAAAAACUCCUGGCCUUAUUACCUCUUGUGUCUUAACUAGCAAUUAUUAUAUGUGGUACUUCCAAUAAUCGUGUAUUUGUAGUAUGAUGAAACAAUGAACUGUGAUAGCAGAUUCAAGACCAUGGGAAAAGGGUGAAUGCAAUGAAGUAACAUUGAACUUUUUAAUCUCUGAAGUAUUAUUCAUUCUUAACUUUUUUUAAACGUAUAAUUUUGCAUUCAAUAAACCUUGUAAGGUUAUUCAA